AUGUCCAAACGUCGGAUUGAUGUUGGUGAUUCCUCCUCUUCUAAGAGGGGAAGAGAUGAAGAACGACAUCGAGAUUGGGAUGAAGAAAAAGAAGAAAAGAAACCCGAGAAGAAAAUGUCUAUCUUUGAGCAGUUCAACAUACCCAAACCACAGAUACAGUUAAAUCCUUUCACAGGAUUGCCAUUCACACCUCGUUAUUAUGAACUGCUGCGAAAAAGGAAUGCACUUCCUGUUUGGGAAUACAAGGAGAAGUUCACAGACAUGGUUAAUAAUAAUCAAAUUCUAGUUUUAGUUGGUGAAACAGGUUCUGGAAAAACAACUCAGAUUCCUCAGUGGUGCCUUGAAUGGGUGCGAGCACGUUACCCUAAAAAAGGUGUUGCUUGUACACAACCUAGACGAGUGGCAGCUAUGUCUGUAGCCCAACGUGUCUCUGAAGAAAUGGAUGUUUGUCUUGGUCAGGAGGUUGGCUACAGUAUUCGAUUUGAAGAUUGCACUUCAGCUAAAACGGUUCUAAAAUACAUGACAGAUGGUAUGUUACUGCGAGAAGCUAUGUCUGAUCCCCUUCUGGAAGCAUAUGGUGUCAUCAUGCUUGAUGAAGCCCAUGAACGUACUUUAGCUACAGAUAUCCUCAUGGGUCUUCUUAAAGAAGUCAGCCGACAGAGAGAUGAUCUCAAAAUCAUUGUUAUGAGUGCUACGCUUGAUGCGGGCAAAUUUCAGUUGUACUUUGACAAUGCUCCUUUGAUGAGUGUUCCUGGUAGAACCCAUCCUGUGGAAAUCUUUUAUACACCAGAGCCAGAACGUGAUUAUCUUGAAGCUGCAAUUCGAACUGUCAUUCAGAUUCACAUGUGUGAGGAAGGGGAAGGAGAUAUUCUUUUGUUCCUGACUGGCCAGGAGGAAAUUGAUGUAGCUUGCAAACGAAUCCAGCGCGAAAUAGACAACCUUGGUCCUGAUAUAGGUGAUAUGAAAUGCAUUCCACUUUAUUCUACAUUACCUCCAAAUUUACAGCAGAGAAUAUUUGAGCCUCCACCUCCUAAGAAGGCUAAUGGAGCCAUUGGCAGGAAGGUUGUAGUGUCUACCAACAUAGCAGAGACUUCCCUUACUAUUGAUGGGGUUGUAUUUGUGAUAGAUCCAGGAUUUGCCAAACAAAAGGUUUAUAACCCUCGUAUUCGAGUAGAAUCUUUGUUGGUGACGGCCAUCAGUAAAGCUAGCGCCCAGCAGAGGGCUGGUCGUGCCGGCAGAACAUGUCCUGGUAAAUGUUUCCGUCUCUACACGGAAAAAGCCUACAAAAAUGAAAUGCAGGAGAAUACAUACCCAGAGAUUUUGCGAUCCAAUCUUGGAUCUGUUGUAUUACAGCUAAAGAAGUUAGGCAUUGAUGAUUUGGUUCAUUUUGACUUUAUGGAUCCACCAGCCCCAGAGACAUUGAUGCGUGCUCUUGAAUUAUUGAACUAUCUUGCUGCUUUGGAUGAUGAUGGAGAAUUAACAGAGCUGGGUUCAAUGAUGGCAGAAUUCCCACUUGACCCUCAGUUGGCCAAGAUGGUCAUUGCUAGUUGUGACUGCAAUUGUUCCAAUGAAAUCCUUUCCAUCACUGCAAUGUUGUCAGUCCCGCAGUGUUUUGUGCGUCCCAUGGAGAUGAAGAAGGCUGCAGAUGAGGCCAAGAUGAGAUUUGCACACAUUGAUGGUGACCACCUGACGCUGCUCAAUGUAUACCAUGCUUUUAAGCAAAAUCAUGAGGAUCCACAGUGGUGUUAUGAUAACUUUGUCAACUUCCGCUCUAUGAAGAGUGCAGACAAUGUUCGGCAGCAAUUGGCUCGUAUUAUGGACCGGUUCAAUUUGCGUCGUUCAAGUACAGAAUUCACUAGCAGAGACUACUACAUUAACAUCAGGAAAGCCCUCGUGGCUGGCUUCUUCAUGCAGGUAGCACAUUUGGAACGAACAGGCCAUUACUUGACUGUAAAGGAUAAUCAGGUUGUCCAGCUGCACCCUUCAACCUGUCUUGACCACAAACCAGAGUGGGUCCUUUACAAUGAAUUUGUACUCACUACCAAGAACUACAUUCGUACAGUUACUGACAUCAAACCAGAAUGGUUGAUCAAAAUUGCUCCCCAGUACUAUGACAUGGUAAACUUCCCAGAAUGUGAAGCGAAGCGACAACUGGAACGUAUUAUUGCCCGCUUGUCCAGCAAGCAACAUUCUGAAGGCUUUUGA